UCGACUCCUCUCGAGUUCUGUAUUACCAGAAAGCUAUGCAACAAACAAACGAUGACUGUGCAACGCGAUUCAACAAAAAAGUACAUGUAUCGACGGAUGACGUAUACCAAGGACAGAUAAGAAUGGAUCGACUGAUUUCGUCAUCGCCAGCUGUCGUCACACGUGUUCCGUCAACGUCGAAGAUCCGGGGGAGGCAUUUGAUUGCAGUCAAUCUGGUCAGUCGUUCAAGUCAGUCGUAGCGAGAAUCACGCGAGAUCUCCAGAUGCAACGGUCCAUCAAGUUCGGCGACGCAUACGCACGCAGUCUGUCAAAAUCGAACGCAGCGUUUUCCAAGGAGCAUCGCACCAUUCGAUACCUCUACGUCCGUUCCUCUGUGACGCCACGGAAGUCACGUUACAGAUGAUUUCGAUCAAACUCCGAUUAAAUUAAUCUACAAUUAAUUUAUCAAAUAACGAAUUUACGCCUAAGCACCGAAAAUGAGGAUCAUAUUCGUAAAAUUUCGUGAGAUCUCGCAAAAGUAUCCUAUUAUUCGAGGUAUGGCGUCUUAUUCAAUUAUAUGGCCAACUGGAAAUUUUUUGCAACAGAAGAUAAUGGGCAAAGAAGAAUUUAAUUACAUGGAAACUGUGCGAUUCAGUCUAUUCGGUGGUCUUUAUGUAGCGCCUACACUAUACUGCUGGCUGAAAUGCGCAUCUCACUUCUGGCCGAAAGCAGAUUUAAAGUCUGCGAUCACUAAGGCUUUGAUUGAACAAGUCACAUAUGGUCCUGCAGCUAUGUGUUCCUUCUUCUUUGGCAUGAGUCUUCUUGAAUUAAAGCCAAUUUCGGAAUGCAUUGACGAGGUCAAAAUUAAAUUUUGGCCAACAUACAAGAUUGCUAUUUGCGUUUGGCCAAUUCUCCAAACCAUCAAUUUCAUCCUAAUUCCAGAGCGAAAUCGUGUAGUAUACGUCAGUAUAUGCAGCUUGAUCUGGACGUGUUUUCUUGCAUAUAUGAAAUCUCUUGAAGCCAAACAAAAGGAGCCGAUUAGCAUUACCAAUGUUAAUCCCAAGAUAAUAUCAGAAAGUAAAGCGCAAACCAACGAAAGAGCCAAUCAUAUGCAGAUUCCUCUACUACGAAAAGUGUUAGGAAACUGACAUGCCGUUAGAUUAAUUUAUUUGUACAUACGUGCAAUUGGAAGCAAUAUUUAUACUUUAUGAUGCAAUUCACAUAAUAUGAUUAUCUGUGAUAUUCACAGUACAAAA